AUGGCUAUAUUUAGAGCAUUAUAGAUAAAGUUUAGAAAGGCAGCUUUUGGUAAACAUCCAUUAAAAAAUGCCAAAACAGCUGCAUAAAUAUUGCUUAAGUCGAAGACUUUUCAAGAUUUUAAGAAUAAAUGUUAACAAAUUAAAUAUGAUAAUUAGUUGCGCAGAAGUAAGGAGUCAUAAAUACUUUAGUACAUAUUUUGAA